AUGCGUGGACAUUAUUUGUUAUCAUUACUCUUUGUAGUGUUAUCAUUAUUGAUUUCUUGCGAUUUUUCCGAUAUCCCCAUGUACAUGAUUAAUUAA